AUGAACUUCGAGAAAUUCGGCCUCGGCAAGUUGAACCUACUAUCCAACUACCUGCCCGCAGAGGCCGACUGGGGUAUCGAGGAGCCUAUAGCUCCACCUCGGCCCAGGUUCAAUUCGACAUCUACAUCCGAAUACAGCCAUCAGCAGCGGUACCGAGACUACUCUGUGAAAACUCCGUCUUUUGCAACUUCGUCGUAUUGUGCCAGUGUUCGGAAGACGCUACCGUCAACGACAGCCAACUUCCACAAGUUCAUCAAGAAGUACCUAAGUCUCGAGCACAAAGAUACUGCAAUCGUUGAGAGGUUCAAGUACAACUUGGUGGUGCUGAACCUCUUAGACGCCUCGAUGGUGCUCUCAAAGAACGAACAGGCGCUUAAUAAUCUUGUCCAGAUCCGCAAUGAGGUCGACUCGACUUUGCAUGUCAAGUUGGCCAAGGAGUUCUCGUUCGAUGGCACCGUUUUGGAGAUCACCAACAAACAGUACCGUCUUUCGUUCCCGCCCGCUUACAGCAGUCCACUCCUUUUGCUUAACAUUCUUUCACUCAUUAUCUUUUUGUUGAAACAGAAUUUCCACAUCCGGUCUAAUAUUUCACAUGCUGGCAGAAUCACCAUGUUCAAGAUCUUACUCAUUAUGGCCACCAAGCUCGUCAAGUGCAAAAGAGCCAAAACCACGCUAACAGCAUCCAGGAGCUUGCGUAGCCUAGAUGACUUCAUGAUCUCCAACUGUAAGGUGAACAAGGCCUUGAUCACCAGCAUGAUAUCUUUGAAAGAGUUUGAGAUGUUUGCCUUCAUGAACAAGAGUUCCAACAACGACCUGACAACCAAAUACUCCGAUGAACUAAAAAACCACCUCAACAUGCUUUUAAACUGUCUUUCGUUGAAUAUUCGUCACUCCGUCAGUACCUUGUUGCCUAUGUGCAAUGGCCAGCUUCUUGAGCAGUACUGUGAGAUCAAUAAUAUUCAGUUGGCCCAUGUUUUCGAGGAAAUCGUGGAAAACCCAGAAGAGCAGCUCACUUUGGAGAGUCUUAAAGAAAAGCUCAAUGCUUUCAACAACCUUCGGCGCUUCUUCAUCUGCCAGCUUCUUACCAUCCACGAUUCCCCUCUACGCAACUUCUUCAUGCUCAAGCUUUACGACGCUUUUCACAUCGACGAUGCUGAGGUCUUCCAGCUUAAUAUAUCCGAAAGACUCACCAAACUUGAGCACAUUUUUGAGGAGCAUACAAAAACUUUAGACCAGCUCCUCUCUUUAAACGAAAAAUUCAAGGCAUUGAGCAAGACUACCGCAUCUACCGAUUACGCAAACGAUGAUGUUCUCUCCAGGGGCAAGACCCCUGAACGCAGAGACGAUGAGCUUUUUUUGAUGGACUCUGAACUUAAUCUUCGAAACUUGAUCAACAAGUUGACCAACGUCACAACGAGUUUGCUGUACUUCAAGAAGUACAGUCAGGCAAUCGCAGAAGUCAACGAUUCAGAAGAGUAUGACGAAAAGAUGUCUAUAUUUGCACUGUUUCAAAGUGAGCUUCGAGGUUGUAUCGAUCUAUACAAUGUCUGCAGAAGUGACUACGAAGGUGAAUUUAAUCGCAAGUUCAGACCACAAUCACAAACAUCGAGUACCUCAACAUCGCAACGCAACUCGUUGAACAGCAAUGAACAUUUUAAUCCAAAGGCUUUCCAAACGGGCUCAUCAGACUCUAUGAAGAAGCGGUAUUCCAUACCGUCCAACGGAGACUUGAACCGCAUUGAUAGCAAAUCAGUCUCCUCGAAGAAUGGCUCUCUGGAAAAGAGGUAUAAACGACUCUCUACUGGAUUGCAGCUAGGACUACUCACAGUACUCGAAGAGCCAAACAACAAGGAUAGCAGCUCAAUGCAAUCUCCAAGGGAACUGAGGGGGGACCUUCUGUCCCACGGAGAUGGUACCGGAGCCACCUCGCCGCCCGCAAAUUAUGAAGCAUUCAAUCAAGCAGCUUUGGACGCUCUCACCCGACGAAGAAGUGUUCGACAGUCCAUUGGGAGGUUUUCUGUGAACUCUCUCAACUCGAACAUAUCGGGCAUCACAGAUUUAAUUGCAUCUACAACCGGUGACGAAGAUGAAGGGGAGAUAUCGAAAACGAGUCUACUCAGUGGCCCGGUGCCACUGGGGAUAUCAAAGGAAGAACUAAAGAAGAAACUAGAAGAGAGUUUUACAAGAAUCUACAGCUUGGAAAACGAGAACAAUGAGCUCAAGCAUAUGGGGCUGCUAGACGCUCCUGGUGAGCUGAAAGAAAGCGAUGAAUUUCUAGACCUGGGUACACGAUCGAACCGAACGGUGGACCCGUCUUUCAUGGCUGAUUUGGAGAAAACGCUAAAUCUGAACACCCCUACUAAUUAA